AUGGACCGGCCGAUUGUCGCGAGGAACUUCGCCGCCAGGGCGGAUUUGGAGCUGCGCUACAGGACCGAGAGAAGGAUCGGCACUGGAUCCUUCUCCACGGUGGUUCUUGGCGAGCAUCGGCGCAGCGCGCGCAGGGUCGCGAUCAAGGUGAUGAGCCGGCGGAAUAUCAUCGAGGGAGGGAUGAGGGAGAAGGUGGCGAGGGAGGUGAGGACGAUGGCGCUGCUGCGGCACCCCCACAUUGUGCGCCUCUACGAGGUUUUCGAGACGCCCAGGGAUGUGUUGAUCGUCAUGGAGUACGCCGAGAGGGGCGAUCUCUACGAAUAUCUCUUGGUGCAAAGGAAUCAGCGGCUGGAAGAGGCCGAGGCCCGAUGGUUCUUCCAGCAGCUCAUUGCAGGUGUGGAGUACUGCCACGGCAAGUCCGCGAUCCACCGGGAUAUCAAAGUCGAGAACCUCUUCCUGGAUUCACAGCGGCACAUCAAGAUCGGCGACUUUGGGCUCUGCAACACCAUGCAAGAGGGGGGAUUCUUGCGAACGAGCUGUGGAAGCACGCAUUAUGCCGCUCCAGAGCUUCUUCUAAGGCGUCCUUACGUCGGGCCAGAAGUGGACGUGUGGAGCUGCGGAGUAGUCCUUUACGUGCUUCUCGGUGGAUGCUACCCUUUCGACGACGCAAACACCACGACACUGUACACCAAAAUCCUGUCUGGUACCUUCAACUUUCCUCUCUUUGUUCCAGAUGGACCCCGCGACUUGAUUUCGAGGAUGCUCACUGUGGAUCCCCGCGCACGGAUCACUGUUGCAGAGAUUAAGGAGCACGCAUGGUUUAGAAUCAACAUCCCACCUCACUUAUCGAUGCGAUCAUACUACUCCACGAUUGAUAUGGAUGUUUUAGCAAGAGUUACACAGCUUGGAUUUGAGCGGCAACUGCUUAUAAUGGAUCUGCUCAACAAUGAAUCGAGUGAAGUUAGUUUUCUUGCGGUUUUUACUCGAUAUGUCUCAAUCGUCUGUUCUUUGACAAUGCAGGCAGCUGUUACGUACUACAUUAUACUGAACUGUGACCGGCAAAUCUCUGCUGGAUUCGCUUGAUGCCUUGUCUGGGAAGAAUUCCUCUGGUAAACACUUGACGAUUGACCGAUUAAAUGUGGACGCCUCGUUCUAGCGUUGGUACUGCUCUGCCAUGAUCAGUAGUAUCAAGGAGCUCCAACCGGUAAACGGCCUGGCUCCUUUACCUUCGCCUUCUUUUGUAUGAUCAUACUGCUCAAAGAUGUAUCCCAUUUCGUUGUA